UUCAAAAGAUGUUUGCAUUGAAUUGAGUGGGACAACCGGCGCGCAAUGUAGUCCAGUGUUUGAUUUGGCGAGGAAGUGACAAUAUGGAUUACGUUUGGAUAAUUUUACAUAUUUUGUGGAGUUUGUCGGCAAGUUUUGGAGAUGCAGUUUCGAUAGCAAACCAAAAUUAUGAAUCUACUUCAAAUAAAACUCCUGGACAACUUAGUAAAAGAAAAUGCUUGGAAUACUAUCCUAAACCAAAGUAUCCGAUACUAGGCAUCGCUGGGGGCAAUGAAUCUCUUCCUAAAGAAUUUCCUCACAUGGCAGCUAUAGGAUAUGGAGACGAAGACGAUAUUCAGUGGCAGUGUGGAGGUUCCCUAAUUAGUAAGAAAUUUGUUUUAACUGCAGCUCAUUGUCUUGACAAUACAGCGGACCCCCCCAAAUACGUCCGAUUGGGAGACUUGGACCUAUCAACCGAAGAAGACGACGCCUCUCCCCAAAACUUCGACGUUCUAAGAACCAUCCUACAUCCCUCUUAUAACCCACCCGCCAAAUACCACGACAUCGCUUUGCUGGAAUUGAACCGUGAGGUGAAUUUUAACGAAUACGCAUCCCCGGCUUGCCUUACUACAGAAAUAGAACUAAACCAAACUAGUUUGAUAGCUACCGGAUGGGGAAAAACCGGCUUCACCGACAGCAGCAGCAAUUUCCUGUUAAAAGUCGAUCUUGAUCCUGUUCCUCAUCAACAGUGUAUCGAGAAGUAUGGGAAACAGUCCAAAAAGGAUUUGCCGAAUGGAAUCGUACAUGAUUUCCAGAUAUGCGCGGGAACAGUAAAGGACAAAGACACGUGUCAGGGUGAUUCUGGAGGUCCACUGCAAUUUAAAAACGAGGACAGAUCUUUCCGGGUGAACGUCCACAAUGUAAUCGGAGUUACUUCGUUUGGAAAAGCUUGUGCGUUGUCUGGAGCUCCCGGAAUCUACACGAGGAUCUCCAAUUAUAUUCCGUGGAUAGAAGGCAUUGCUUGGGAGAAUGAAAAUUAACUUAUUUGCAAGGCAAAGCGGUUGAAAUAACAAAAAAAAAAACUGAGAAAAAAUCUGCUCCAUACCUGUAGAUCUAUGUUACAAUACGUACAAGUAUGUACAUACAGGGUAUCCUAAAAAGAUACGAACCUCCCGAUAACUUUUCAACAUUGAGUCCCAUCAAAAAAAAGUUUCAAAUAAACAUUGUGGAUAUCGAGAAGCCAAUAUGCUACUGAUUUUAGAUUUUACGUUGAUCUAAACUUUCAAGGUCAAAUCAAAGUCAACUUGGAAAUAUUAAACGGAAACCCCAAGUAAUCUAUAGAGCGUCAAAAUUUAUGUCCGACUAUGAUGUCAGAUUGAGGUCAAACUGAUCUUUUUCUGAAUGUCUCAAUAAAAAUGUUUCAAGCUAAAUUUGUGAUUUUGAAUGGCACAUUAUAUGAUGACCUUAGAUUUGACAUAUUGGAUAUCAGCCUCCAAAACUGAUUUUCAUCAGAUUUUAAUUAUUAUUAACCUAAUAAUGUGUUAAAUUUCAAAACUGUUGUCAAGAUUACACUGACAUUUUCAAAAGAAUAUGUCUAUUAAAUUCUAUGAUCUACUUUUAUAUCCAUUAUUUAAAAAAAUGAGUUUAACCUUCAAAUAACCUGCGAGACAUCCUGGAAAUAUUUUUAAUUCCAGUUUCAUUUAAUUUUCAAGUUGACUUUGAAAUUUAAGGUCAAAGUGAAAUUCAAGGUUAGCAUUAUUAUUGGUUUACAAAUUUAUUGGAAACAUUUUUAGUUUUCGGGAGUUCGGAUCUUUCUGGGUCACCCUAUAUACCAAAGCAUAUGUUGUAUUUAUAUUUCCUUAUCCUUAUAAAUAAAGACAACUAUGUCCCUUUUUAAAAGAUAUAAUAGCUAAUUUAACACCUUUAUUUACAAAAAAUGCGCAUUCAAAUUUUCUGUUAAUGAUAUUGAAUUAAUACACUGUAAUAGAUACAUUUGUAUCCAUUUAGUCUAUUAGUAGAAAAACUACAUAUUAUAAUAACUACGCUGACUAUUUCAAAGUACAUAUGUAACAUAAGAUUUUUUAAAUUAAUUUUCAAAUAAUGUGGCCAACUAAGAACGAAAACAAUGUUCUAAUUUUUUUGGGACAUACCAUGUUAAUACAUUUUUUAUAUAUUUAUAGUGGCCUUUUUGCUGAACUAGCUAAGAUGUUGAAAUUAACAAAUUGAAGAAAAAAUAGCCAGUUAAAAACCCAGCUAAUCAUAGCCUGAUAAAUAGUAGAGCCUGCAUAAAAAUUAUUAUUUUUAUAAUUUUAGGACAACAUUUUCACCAAUUCUUUGUCCAAUUUUACUAAUGUAAUCACCAAUUCACCAAUUGGCUAAGAUUUCAUCUUCAGAUGUUUGCAGUUCUUUUUGAAUUAUUAAUCUAACAAUUAAACUUGUAAAAGUUUAAA